AUGAAACGGUUGAGUUUGAUGGAGGACAUUACCAAUAUUGACACAGAGAUCGACAUCCAUAAGUCAGAGGAGUGCAGGUCCGAGUGGGUGGAGGUGCGUGACGGGUACAUGCCCGACUCGCCAGUGCUGGCGCGCAUCUGCGGCUCAGGAAAGGGUCCAAUCAUGCGCUCCACCGGCUCACGGCUCACCGUGGUCUACCAGCCCGGCCCGAGGGCAAAGCCGCAUAAGGGCUUCAAGGCUCACUAUGAAGCCGUGUGCGGUGGAGAUAUAGAGGUGGACAGCAAUGGUCACCUGGAGUCUCCAAACUAUCCGGAUGAUUACCAACCAAACAAGUUGUGUGUGUGGAAUCUAUCAGUGCCGCCUGAGUACCAAGUCGCACUCAGAUUCCACUCGUUCGAAGUGGAGAACCACGACACCUGUUCUUACGACAAGGUUCAGGUUAGGGACGGAGCAUCUAUGGACAGUCCACUGUUGGGCAUGUUUUGUGGCCACAAAAUACCUCCUGACAUCAGGUCAACUUCCAACAAGCUGCAAGUAAUCUUCGAGUCUGACAGCACUGUCCAGAAAGCCGGUUUCUCAGCUACGUUCAUGAAGGAGUUCGACGAGUGUGCGACCAUAAAGCACGGCUGCAGUCACUCGUGCGUGAACACACUCGGCGGGUACGAGUGCGCCUGCGACAUCGGCUACGAGCUGCACUCCGACGGGAAGAAGUGCGAAAAUGCUUGUGGGGGUGUCUUGUACGCCCCUAAUGGCACUAUAACGUCUCCAUCGUUCCCCGACUUGUACCCGCCAUCGAAGAACUGCUUGUGGGAGAUAGUGGCGCCCCCACAGCACAGAAUCACGCUUAACUUCACGCAUUUUGACUUGGAGGGCUUUUCAAGCAAGCAAAAUGAACCGAAAUUGGCACCACCACCAAACGUGACGGUGAACUCUAAACUGGGCGCUGAUGUUCUGAGGCGUCACGGCGCCUUUUGCGGUAACGCGCUUCCCCCACCAGUCACCUCCGACGGAUCAGUGCUCAGAGUGCAGUUCACUUCGGACUCUUCAGUCCACCGGUCGGGCUUCGCCGCGGUGUACUACAUCGACGAGGACGAGUGCGCGGAGAACAAUGGCGGCUGUCAACAUGAGUGUCACAACACGCUGGGCGGGUACGAGUGCGCCUGCCACAGCGGGUUCACGCUCCACCCCAACAAGCACGACUGCAAGGAGGGCGGCUGCAAGCAUGACGUCACACAGCCACAUGGCACCAUCAUCAGUCCGAACUAUCCUGACACUUAUCCAUCUCGAAAAGAUUGUGUGUGGCAGUUCUCCACUACUCCUGGACACCGAAUCAAACUGAUUUUCAAUGUUUUUGAGCUGGAACCUCACCAGGAAUGCGCGUACGACCACGUGACGAUUUACGACGGCGCAUCCGCUGAGGAGAAGACGCUGGGUCGGUUCUGCGGCAGCAAAGUGCCUCACCCGGUCGUCGCGUCACACAACCAGAUGUACGUCGUGUUUAAGUCCGACGCCUCCGUGCAGAGGAAAGGGUUCCUGGCAACACAUUCGACGGGAUACCUGGCCGCGUCAGAGACGGUGAAGCAUCUGUACUCACACGCUAGAUACGGCGACGACUCGUACGAGUCCAGGGCGGAUUGCGACUGGAGUAUAGUGGCGCCACUCGGCCAGUUCGUCAGACUCACCUUUCUGACAUUUGAGCUGGAGCCUGAAACUAACUGCGGCUACGACUACGUGCAGGUGUUCGGCGGAUUGGAAGGCAGCGCCGGCGAUUACGGGACUUUCUGCGGAACUAAGAUGCCGCCGGAGAUAGUUUCCACGACGGAGGCGCUCCUCGUCAGAUUCCGGACGGACGAUUCGAUAGUGUUCAAAGGGUUCUCCGCGUCGUACCAGGCGGUCGCGCCGGAGGUGUGGAGCGGCGAGGAGAGCGCGGAGGGCGGCGAGGAGGAGGGGGAGGAGGAGGACGAGCGCAUGCCGCCGCUGGUGGUGGGGCGGCGCGGGCUGCGCGGGCACCUGCCGCCGCCGCGCCACGUGCGCCGCCCCGCGUGA